GCCGGCUCUGCCCCGCUAUAUAAGCUCACAUAGAACUCCGUCUUCUUCGUCCAGGUCCAUCGCUCCAGCCUCCAGAGGAGCAGCGUCACUACGUACUACUUGGCUGUAGCUAGUUAGCUACUGCACUCCCGCUUAGCCCGACAUGGGGAGGGCGCCGAGGGGUGUGUGGAACAUGGAGCUUCUGGGGCUUGCCGUCUUGGUGGUUCUUGCGGUGGUCGCCGAGACGCGGUCCUUGGAGAAGCAGAAUCUGUGCGGUGGGUGUGGGGUUGGUGGCGGGGGAGGAUAUGGCGGAGGCGGUGGCGGUGGCGGUGACCUUGGGCUUGGUGGUGGCCUUGGGCACGGUGUAGGGGUUGGAAUUGGGAUUGGAGGAGGGAAUGGUGGGGGUGCAGGUGGUGGAGGCGGCCUCGGUGGUGGAGCUGGAGGUGGCUUAGGCGGAGGCGGAGGGCUUGGUGGCGGUGGAGGAGGUGGUUAUGGCGGAGGUGCUGGCGGAGGCGGCGGCCUUGGGGGUGGUUCCGGUGGAGGUCUCGGCGGUGGUGAAGGCGGAGGAGGCGGGCUUGGUGGUGGUGCCGGUGGAGGCGGUGGUCUUGGUGGCGGAGGAGGAGCUGGUGGGGGAGCAGGUGCGGGUGGCGGCUCUGGCGGAGGCGCCGGUGCAGGAGGUGGCGCUGGAGGCGGCUAUGGCGGAGGUGCCGGUGCAGGAGGCGGCUAUGGUGGAGGAGCUGGUGGUGGAUACGGUGGAGGUGCAGGAGGUGGCGCCGGAGGCGGCUACGGCGGAGGAGCUGGUGGUGGUGCCGGUGGUGGCUACGGCGGAGGCGCUGGUGGAGGCUACGGUGGUGGUGCAGGUGCUGGCUCUGGCGGCGGCGGUGGUUAUGGUGCUGGUGGCGGAGGUGGAGGUGGCAUCGGCGGCGGUGUCUGAAUCAGCGUCUCACAUGCAUGCAUGGUGGUGCAAGCUGCAAGCAGAAGCAAGUGCUCGAACUCGCUCGGUAUUCCCUUCGCAGGGGUGCGUGGACGUGGAGUCGAGCUAUACCGAUCGAUAUCCGGGAUCAUACUCUCUGCGUAGCGAAUAGCGAUCAUAGUAAUAACAGAAUAAGGAUGCUGCAAUACGUCUAAUCAGUCAUCAUUAUACGAUGGUUUAUACGGUAUAUAUACACUGCGUUGGUAGCAAGCUGAAAGAUUACUUUGUAUCGUACUAUUUUAAUUAUAUUUUGUGGAGAUAAAGAAAUUAUUAUGAGCUACAUGGAGUUCAUGCUUGCUUAA